CGCAAGCAGAUGAAUGAGUACCUCUCUGUUAUUCGAUCUAUCAUGCCACCUUCCUACGUCCAAAGGGGUGAUCAAGCUUCAAUUAUUGGAGGCGCCAUAAAUUAUGUGAAGGAGCUGGAGCACCAUCUUCAAACCCUAGAGGCACGAAACCGACCCAACAGGGAAGCGGGGGCCCCACUUUUCGCGGAUUUCUUCGCUUUCCCGCAGUACUCCAACAGCCACGGCAGGAAGGGUGGCUCCGCGGCGGCGGCGGGGGAGGUGGAGCCGGCGGAGACCCGGUCGGCGCUGGCGGACAUCGAGGUGACGAUGGUUGAGAGCCACGCGAGCGUGAAGAUAAUGUCGAAGAAUAGAUCCAAACAGCUCCUUAAGCUUGUCGCCCGCCUGCAGUGUAUACGGCUCUCUGUUCUUCACCUCAAUGUCACCACUGUUGACCAGAUGGUCCUCUACUCCCUCAGUCUUAAGCUUGAGGAUGGUUGCCAGCUAACGACGGUAGACGAAAUAGCUGACGCUGUUCACGAACUGCUUGCCCGAAUCCAAGAGGAAGCUGCAGCUUAAUUAGCUUAAUUGCGCCAGCCACCAGCUUAUAUUUAGAGGCCAAGUUAACUAAGAUUUUAGUAAUUAGUUAAUUUUCGUUUUACCCAUAAUCUUAAUUAACUUAGCCCACCCCCACCCUCACCCUCCUGUAUCAUCUCCCUAGCUAGUAUGUCAGCGGGCCAGGCCAUCUCGAUCGCUGUAAUUUUCUUUUCCUCCUUUCUUUUUUUACCUUUUUAUUAGGUUAUCGAGGGUUGAUGGACAUGUAACAUUCCACUAGCUUUUAAAAAUUGACCGUGUACGACCUGAUGACGAAUCCUUGUGAUCUGUGCCUUGCUGACACUCAUUAACUCUCAAGAUUCUUUUUAUUUUCCUGUUUUAAGUUCCAUCUUCUGUAUAUCCCCAUUCUGUUCGAAAAUUAAUUACUUAUUAUUGCCAAUUUGAGGUAGCACAAUAUUUAAUUUUCGGAUAUAUACGAGG